AUGAAUAUGUUAUAUCAAAUUCAACGUCAGUUUUUGUCAAUCAUUAACGCAAAUCGCAAGUAUAUUUUCAAAUUAAGUCAAAGAUAUUUUUCUACUGAAAAUCAUAUACCAACACAAACAUCUACUCUAAAAGAAGAAUCAAUUUUGAAGAAAGCUGUUAGCGAACUUCGCCAUGCUAAACGUGUACUAGUUAUUACUGGUGCAGGUAUUUCUGCUGAUUCUGGACUACCAACAUAUCGUGGCAUCGGUGGUCUCUAUAGCGAUGGAGAAGAGACUGAAGAUGGAAUGGUAAUUGAAGAGGCUCUUUCUGGUCACAUAAUGCAAACACGACCGGAUAUUUGUUGGAAAUAUAUUUAUCAAAUCGAGUCUGCUUGUCGUUCCGCUAAACCCAAUGCUGCACACAAAGCACUCGUUGCUCUUGAAUCAAAAUUUGAACAUCUUACUAUACUCACACAAAAUGUCGAUGGUUUACAUCGAAGUGCCGGUACGAAAAAUCUCAUCGAAAUUCAUGGAAAUAUUCAAGAUCUAUUUUGCACUUCUUGUAAUUAUGAAAAACAUGUUACUAAUUUCGAAGGUAUGAAAAUACCACCAGAUUGUGAACGUUGUGGUGCACUCGUACGACCACGUAUUGUUUUAUUUGGUGAGAUGUUACCAAUGCAUGCAAUAACGCAACUUUAUGAAAUAAUAAACAAAGGUUUAGAUGCUGUUAUUAGUAUUGGUACAACUAGCGUAUUUCCAUAUAUUGCCGAACCGGUGCUGCGUGCUGCACGUAAAAAUGCAAUUACAAUUGAAAUUAAUCCAGGUGAUACUGAAGUAUCACAUGUUGUACGCUAUCAUCUACGCGAUCGAGCCAUUACUAUUUUACCUAAAUUAUUACAACAUCUUUCUUAA